AUGGAGAAACACUCCAUGCGUCACCUACUGUGGACUGCACUGUUCCUGUUGUACUGCAGCUGCGGGUGUUUGGCUGCUGUUGUACAGCAGUUACCACAGAAAGGAGAAAAUGCUCUACAGGCGUACACCGUCUCUACUCCUUCUGCUCCUAAUGGUGAGGAAUGGAAGCCCAUCCGCAUUGCUGUGUAUACAAAAUAUGUGGAGGAUGUGAUGAACUAUUGCAUCGCAGAAAAGAAAGAAAUACCAUCUGAGUACAAUGUACAUCAAGGACUUAAAAACGAUCUUGAAAGCCAGUUUAAACAACUCUGUGAGGGUGAGAAUAAAAUGACAACAAAGAGGAUGCAUACUCUUUUUAAGGAGGUCCUGCCCCAAGCCAUUAAAUUGCACAGGGAUCGCCUUAAAGUGAAGCCAAUGAAGGAUAAACUGAAGCUAUGGAAAGAGGAUUAUUAUAACACCGAAAACAUAUUUGGAAAGUUUUGCCAGCAGUUCUUUGUUCCCGAAGAGCAUGUGAAGGAUGGUGUUUCCGAUGCGGAUUUUUUGCUUUACGUGCGUCUCUCGCCAUAUGGGCAAGACUCUCAUAUUUGCACUUAUGAAGAUUAUACUAAAGUCCGACCGACAUCUGCCCGUAUCAGUUUUGUCCCGAAGGAAAUCAACGCAACGAGACAUUAUAUUCGUUUGGCUGCACGCAAUAUUGCAUUUGGACUUGGGUUUGGGGAGUUCGUGGAUGCCACCGCUAUUGCAGGGAACCAUAGAGUUUUCUUGAACGGCGGAUGGAAGCAGGUCACGGUGGUGACCGGUGGCGCUCUGAAGGAGAAGAUGAAUCAGCAGUUCAACUGCUCCGAAACUGGGGGAAUACCUUUGGAUUUUAAAGACACAAAUUAUAUCUCUCAGUGGGAGAGGCGUAUCGCAAAGGAUGAAUUGAUGAGUCCGUACACUGGUGAACCCACUGGAAUGUUCUACACGGCACUGACACUUGCAGUGUUUGAUACAAGGACCUACUACCAAGUCGAUUUCAGCAUGGCAGAACCGAUGAGUUGGGGGAAUCAAUCAGGAUGUGAACUCUUUAAAAGUAAGUGCCAAGAUAUCAUCGAAAAAGACUUGGGGAACCUCUCCAAGACCUUCUGCAAGGAAAGUAAAGAUGAGCCCACAUUACAGUGCACUUCUGAUCGCUUUGGUCUUGGUGUCUGCUCCAAGGACGACAACAAGAAAGAUGGUAUGCCUGCUGAGUACAACUACUUCAAAAAGAAUAAUAUCAGAAACAGUGAUAUGAUGGAGGGCUGUCCCAUUAUCAAACCCUUUCAAGAGACCAUGUGCGAGACUGGUAAUGAGACACUGAUGCCUGGAAGUAUUGUGAGCAAUAUGUCACGGUGUCUGGAUGUGGAGGAUCCAAAGUUCGUCGAUGGAAAUAAUGGAAUUGGUCUGAAGGUUCAAGGCAUUUGUGCAAAAGUGAAGUGUGAGAAUGACAAGGUACUUGUGCAUUACAAGGGGCAGAAUGAUAAUGGGAAAGAAAAAUGGCAUACGUGCGAAAAUGAUGGCCAGCAAAUAACAUUGGAGGGUUCAGUGUUCAGUGGAGGAACUAUUAUUCGUUGCCCCAAAUACGCUGAAGUGUGCACGAAAGAGACGAAUACUGAUCUUCUUCCCGAAAUUAAAUACAAUGUGGUUCAGGUGCCUGAGGAUGAAGAUCUUAAACAGGAGAAGAGAGAGGAGGAAGCCGAAGUACAGAGCAACUCCAGCACUAAUCCGGAAGUAAGCGGUGGCGUGGCAAAUGCUGGGAAUGAAACGCCCACUACUGGAAAAGAGGAAAGUUCUUCAACAGUCCCUGAUGUGAACGGCAGUUCCCAGCAGCCCGGUACUGCAACACAAAGUGUCAUACAACACACAGAGAAAAAUUCUACCAACGCUGAAAGUGACGGGAAGGAAGUACAGCAUGCAUCGAGAAGUCGUCGUCAUAUUGCUGAUGCUACUGCUUCUCAAUCCACAUCUAAUCCCAACGGCACUGAAGACCCAAUACAGUCCCCAAACACUGUUUUGAAUGGGACAACAAUCACUGAGAGGCAAAUAAAAGAAGAAACACUAAAACAUACAAAUGUAACGGUUAUGUUCGGUACUGACAGCAGCACCGUCGUCACCUACAUGGCCCCUCUUGCACUUCUUGUGUGUGUUGUUGGUUUUGUGAUGGUUCCAUGA